UAGGGGUUUGCGCAACUUUUAGAGUGAGAAUAUUGGCUGUAAGUUAAAAUUUAUUAGCAGGCGUAGGGCACGAUCUAUUUCAGGAUCAGCUAAAGGAAGGAUGCUGCGAGGGGCGGGACGGAGGUUAAUCGCGCAAGGCCGAUUUACAGCAACGUCGCCGUGUUUAUCAGGGGGCCUGCUGGGAAAUGUAGAUAUAAGCAUAAAGGAGGAAAGAAACAAUCAGGCAUUCAAUGCCUCCUGGAAAUCUCGCUUUUUUUUCCAUGAUAUGAAAUGCAGGUUUCCAAUUUCAGUCAGGACUCCUGUACGGGCAUUUAGUUCUGAUAUUAGUGCAUUUCCUCCAGUAACAGACCCUGAUGUUAAGAGGGCACUCAAGAAUGUAUUGGCUUCGGAUUGGGGUGAGCUUAAAGAUUCUCUUAACUCUAUUGUUAUGGAUGCUUUGUCAAAAGAGACAGAUGAUAAGUCUGGAAAAGAAGCUUUGGCCAAUGCAUGGCGUGCUGCAGAGGCCGUGGAGCACUUCUCCGGAGUUUUAGAAUCCUUGAGAAUGGAAAUAGAUGAUAUAAGUGGGUCAACAGGCGAGAAUGUGAGACCUUUACCAGAUGAACUUCAAGGUGCUUUACAGGCUGCGUAUAAACGUUACAGCAAUUACCUGGAUGCUUUUGGCCCUGAAGAAACUUACUUGAGAAAGAAAGUUGAAAAUGAGCUAGGCACAAGUAUGAUUCAUAUAAAGAUGCGAUGUGCUGGGCUUGAUUCCAAGUGGGGAAAGGUUACACUUCUUGGAACCUCUGGAAUUUCUGGCUCAUACAUUGAACAACGAAGUUAGACUUGUCAAAGCUAUUCCUAAAAGACUGGAGAAUGCAAUUUUAAUUGAAAGUUUGCCAAGCCUCUUCAACCUUCUAGCAUUUCAAUUUAUGUGUUUCAAAAGUAAGUGACAAGAAAAGCCAUCAGGAGUUGAUAUAUUUUGUUGCUGUUGGUUUGUUGAAAGGCUGUAUUGAUGGAGAGUUUGAAUAAAAUAAUUUCUUUAGACCGAAGUAUUUUCUACAAUAAAGAAUCUUCAUGGCAUGGUUAAGUGUUUUGGACUACUUACAAGUUUCAAAGUCUUUUAAUAUCCAUUUGUUUGUUCUUAGGGCAAUGGGAUGGUUCAACCUGUUUUAAUUUAGGCAGCCAUUUCAGUGCACUUUUUUACAUACCAUCCUGUCAAUUGUCAUAUGCAGGUAAUAUGGUAUAUGAUCUUGAUUAAUACAUUCUUGUAUCAAGUAUAAAAAAUGACUCGUUCUUUAUUUC